CAGUAGCAGUUGCCAUUCGCUAUGAAACAGUAAAGUGAAGUAGACCAUCCUAUAAACUGUCACGAAUCCUUCAAUUUCCUCAGUUUGAAACUAUUGCGUCUUUGACCUGAAAACGAGCGACAGUGACUCGCGUGUCGGUUUAAUAAUCAGUCUUCAGGUGCAAUGUUUAAUGUCAUUUGUCUGGUGGUCAUUAUUAUUGUUGGAAAUACCCGGGUAUAUGCCGUUACUUGUGUGGAGCCUCCUUUGAAAUGUCCGAAUGAAAAUAUAUCCUUUUGGCUGUAUACGAGAGCAAAUCAAAAUAAUCCACAAGAAAUUAAUGUUAGUGACUCAAAAUCACUUCUCGAUGCGCCGUGGGUGCUGGAUGCUCCGAUAAAAGUACUGAUCCAUGGCUACACAGGGUACAGGGACUUUUCGCCGAACACCGAAAUUCGACCAGUAUAUCUGGAAUGUUGCAACUAUAACAUCAUAUCACUAGACUACAAUAAACUUGCCCUGGAGGGCUGUUAUAUCGAAGCCGUGUACAACACUCAGCUGGUGGGAAUGUGCACAGCCCAGCUCAUCGAUCACCUGGUGGACCUUGGAUUGAGAUUGAAAGACUUCCAUGUGAUAGGCUUCAGCCUGGGUGCUCACGUCGCAGGAAUGAUUGCCAACUAUCUGAAGUCGGGGCAGCUCGAACGAAUCACAGCUUUAGACCCAGCACUACCGCUCUUUGCUACGGCAGCUAAGAACAGCAAAGUAGAUGCUGGAGACGCUAAGUUCGUGGACGGUCUUCAUACAAAUAUUUUAGAAAAGGGGAAACUGGAAACAAGCGGCUUAAUAGACUUCUACGCUAAUGGUGGUAGGAGCCAGCCUGGUUGCAGAGCAGAUGCAAACUAUACUAAAUCAGGUUGCAACCACGCGAGAGCUCCACAGUACUAUGCUGAAUCAAUUAUAACCACAACUGGCUUCUAUGGUGUGAAAUGUUACUCUUGGAUCGCAUACACGUUGGGCUUGUGCAGACUGAUACCCGAUGAUGUAGAAGUACUGUUCGGUGAAUAUGUUCCCCGAAAUAUACCCGGAGUUUAUUUCUUCAACACAAACUCAGAACCUCCUUACGCCCUAGGGCCGUCUCGCUCAAUCAAGACAUCGAAGACUGACGAAAACUAGGAAAUUAUUACCGGUAUCUAGACAUAAAGCUUACGACGUUAAUUUUAAAUAACAAAGUAAAUACAAAUUUUAUAAGGUUAAGUAACAUUAUAAUUGUGGUGUCUUACUUUUAAUAUUUUAAUAUUUACCCGUAAACCAACGUUUGUGAUAUUAACUAGUAAUUAAUUUAUUUUGAUAGUAUUAUUAUUUAUUAAAUUUUAACCUACUAAGUUAAUUCAAUACUUACUGUGACUUAUAACAAUUACAGCUCAGUCAAUUUCAACGGAAUAUGUUCAACCUUUCCUUUUUAGUUCUAAAUAUUGUUUAUGAGUUUGUGUACCAUUAUAUUACCAUUGUAGAUAAUAUACCAGCGUACAGAGUAAUUGACAGCCCGAUAAUACGUAACCUAUAUUGAUUUGUCCAUGUGCGCGUAUUAGUUCUUUAAUAUUCAAAAUACUAAGAAGCGUAGUCCGAUGGUGGCUAACUGUUUAGGAACGACUUGACAAUAAAAGACAAUACCUGUGUCUCCGUUACACAUGUUCUUCUGACAUGACAAUAAGGGACGAGACUAGCAAAACAUGGUAAUUGAUACGCCCUGCCCAUUACAAUGCAGUGCCGCUCAGGAUUCUUGAGAUACCCAAAAUUUCUGAGUGGCACUACAACUGCGCUCGUCACCUUGAGACAUAAGAUGUUAAGUCUCAUUUGCCCAGUAAUUUCACUAGCUACGGCGCCUACUACUUCCUUUACCUACCUACUUUAUUGAAAAAGCACACAAAUAUAAAUUCACAUUGUUAAUAUAUUUUUACAUGAAUAUAAUUAUUGUUACUGGUUUCUCUACAAUAAUUAAAAGCUAGACAUGUAACACACAUAACUUAAAAAGAAGAAGCAAAUCAGAUAAGUGUUAAUUUGGAUUCGCGGAGGAGAAACAGAAAAGCCUUUUUGCGGUAAAAUUUUAGAAAUGAAAUGCCUCAUUAAUGGUAAGGCCGCUAUCCUAAGAAAUAGCCAAAAUAGCGCAUAUUUGAAAACAUUUUUUAACGGUUCAUAUGAAGCUUUUAUUUUUACAAAAAAUAAUUAUAUUUGUACAGAAUAUGAGAAGAAAAUUCAUUUUUUCUUGACAAUUCUAUCUUCAACUCUCUUUGACGUUCAAUAAGUAAUGUUAAAUCCUAUUUUGAAUAAAAAUAUUUGAAUUUGAAUUCAAUAGACAUUGCGAAAAAAAUCACCAAAGUGCCCUAACUUUAACAGUUGGUGCCAUGUUAAUCAUUCAAUUUAGACACAAAGUGUACAAAAAAUUAUUAAAUGUUUACCAAUAAUAUUUAACAUGACAUAGUUUUGUUAUUUUGUAAAGAAAAUUAUUUCAUGUUUGUAAUAAAUUAAAACUGCUUCUAAUUUUGAUUUAAAACUAUGGCGAUCUUAAACGAGAGAGGUAACCUAGAUUGGUUUCUCUCGAUCCCGUUUCCUCCGCUCGAUUCCUCAAACGCGAUGGCUCAGUCCCCAGGAUUAAAGUAUUUUUACUAAUAUGUUUUACCUUGUCGUCCUAUGUAAUAAUAAUUAAUAGGUGAACAAUUCUAGUCAAACUGCUGAAAAAUAUAUAUCAAAUAAUGUAUUAUAAUUUUCUUAAGUAAAACGUAACAGCUUUGUUUGAAAUAUAUGGACCCAUUUGUUUAAUUUGAAGGUUCUUGCAACAGUCGCUUCAAUAAUCACUAUUACCGGGCGAGGUCUAAUGGUCGCGGUCAAAACGGUAUAACAUUAAUUAUUAAAAUUAUAUAUUCGAGGUGAAAUAAACGGGCAUAAUAACUUGCCUUAGAAUAUCGUUCUAAUUAUGUUUAUUAAUAUUUAAGCUGCCUUAACAGUUUAUUUUGAAGCAUUUGUGUGUGUUUAUCUUGCAUCCAGCUUACAUUCGUUAGUGUAGCGUUAGUUUGUAAAUGAAAAUUUUCUUUUCGUUCAAUGAAAACAGGACUAAAAUUAAACAUGUUAAGAAUAAAA